AUGCGUUUAACCAUCAAUGCACCUCCGGGCAUGAAUGAGUUUCAUCGUCUGGGAUGGCCAGUGGAUGGAAGCGGUGGAUACCGUCCCUUCGGGGCACUGGAGCCUUGUCGCUCCAUCGAUGGCUGGUGGUUCGAAACGGAGGAGCAAUCACGGCACUUCGCUCAAGCGCAAGCAGACGGCGGCAGAAUGGAGGGUUCAGCCUGGGAGGCCACGGAAAUGAUUGAUGUGGAGCAUUUCUCCGCCCUGGCCGGGCAGCCGCCCCGCUUGGCGGGGCGAGGGCUGCCGCGGCAGGCGCUUCAGCCGUCGAAGGUGGCCUCCGAACAGGUGGCUGAAAGCAAGGAGAGGCCGAGAGAAAUCCGAGUCAUGAGGUCAUAG